UCAACAUUUGAAAUCCAAAAACAUGAGGGCCACUAUCUACCAGAUUUCAUUGAAAAAAGCAUUAAAGAAGGAAAGCAUGGUGAGGUGGUGUUCAAACAAAUGAGGGAACAGAUCAUGCCCAAAUCAUUAAUUACAUUUCAAGAGAUUGCCUACCAAUGCCUACAUCUUGAUAGAGAAAAACGACCAACAACAGAAAAAGUUUUAAUGCAACUCAAGAAAGCAUUGGUAUUUCAAAACAUGGCAUCAACAAUGAACCAGUUUGCUCACUUACAAAUCCCACUUGAAGAUGUGGCGAAGGCCACCAACAACUAUCAUCAUGAUAACAUCAUCGAACAUGGUGGAGUUGGUAUCGUAUAUAAAGGACGACUCUUGUGGUCUGGGAGGUUGAUGGAGAUUGCUGCACGGAGGUUUGAUUGUAAGCAUGGGGAUGGAGACCUCGAGUUCUUGGCAGAAAUUUCAGCGCUUUCUGAUCUCAAACAUAAAAAUCUGGUCUCUAUUAUUGGGUUUUGUGACGCGAUAGAUGAAAAGAUCAUUGUAACCACGUAUGGGGCCAAUGGAAGUCUAGGCCAGUAUCUAAACAGCCUGAACCUCACAUGGAAGCAAAGAUUGAGGAUAUGUCUAGGUGUGGCUCGUGCGUUAAGUUACCUACAUUAUGACAAGGGACGUGAUUAUGCUAUUCUACAUUGUAACAUCAAUAGCAACACAAUUUUGUUAGACAAUAACUGGGAAGCCAAGUUAUCCAGUUUUGAAUUUUCCAUCAAACAAUCACUAAACUAUAAGGAUCAUGUGUGCCCUUGUGAACACGCUGGCACAAUGGGGUGUAUGGACCCAGCAAUCGAAAAGACGGGAGGUGUGACCCACAAGUCGGACAUCUACUCAUUCGGUGUUGUUUUAUUCGAAACAUUGUGUGGGAGGAAAGCAGUAAUUCAGAACGAGUAAUUAAGAACGAGGCUGAUAGGUCUCUAGCUCAGAUGGCCAAGUAUGGUUAUGAAAAUGGUACAUUGCAUGAUAUAAUCCAUCCUCAUCUUUUAAAUCAAAUAUUGUCUCCGGCAAUCACUCCUCAUAUACUCAAAGGUAGCAUAUUCUUGCUUAAAUGAGGAUCGAGCAGACCGCCCAAAUAUGCACUAUAUUAUGGCUAAACUUGAGAAAGCAUUGGAACUUCAGUUGCGUCGUGAAAAUAUU